AUGGGCCGCGAGGACCAAAUUGAGGAGCGCGAGGUCCUUGACUCAAUUUUUCCAGAUGAGAUUACAGACAUUUCCGAAACUUCGUACAAGAUCUCGAUAACGCUCGACCCCCCCGAGAAUGGCCCCGAGCCAGAGCAGCCAGUGAUCUAUCUUGAAGUUUCAUACCCCGAAGACUAUCCCGACAUCGCCCCCGAACUCAAUAUUACGCCAGUUCCUAAUGCACCAAAGCACCCUCUUAUUGAGCUCCCACAAGAUGAAGAGGUCCUAACAAGCGCCUUGAACAAUGCAAUCGAAGAGAAUAUGGGAAUGGCAAUGGUUUUCUCGCUUGUUAGUGCGCUGAAGGAAGCCGCAGAGCAGUUGAUGGUGGAUCGAGUACAGGCUGUUGAGGAGAAGAAGGCGCUCGUGGCUCAAAAGGCAGAGGAGGAAGAGAACCGGAAAUUCCGCGGCACACCAGUCAAUCGAGAGACGUUCCAGAAAUGGCUUGCAGAUUUCAAGAAAGAGACAGAGGAGGAUGAGCAGCGGCAGCGGGAGGAGAAGGAGGCCGAGGACAAAAAGAAGAAAGUUGCCAAGGAAGAGAAGAAGCUUACAGGCCGAGAGCUGUGGGAGCGUGGUCUGGCGGGCAAGGCCGAUUAUGACGAAGAAGAAGAGGAUGAUAUGCCUGUAGUGGAUAAGCUCAAGGUUACUGCAUGA